UGUGGCGUCAGUGCGCCUGCUGUGUCCAUGGAGAGAGCCUGCAGGGUCUGAGCUCGGCCCGAGGUGCCGGGACGCCGGGACCGCGGGACGGCGAAGAUGUCGGCCUCGUUAGUCCGGGCUACUGUUCGUGCUGUGAGCAAGAGGAAGCUGCAGCCCACUCGAGCCGCCCUCACUCUGACACCUUCAGCAGUCAACAAGAUAAAACAGCUUCUUAAAGAUAAGCCUGAGCAUGUAGGUGUGAAAGUUGGUGUCCGUACCAGGGGCUGUAAUGGCCUUUCUUAUACUCUAGAAUAUACAAAGACAAGAGGAGAUUCUGAUGAAGAGGUUGUUCAAGAUGGAGUCAGAGUAUUCAUCGAAAAGAAAGCACAACUAACACUUUUAGGAACAGAAAUGGACUAUGUUGAAGACAAAUUAUCCAGUGAGUUUGUCUUCAAUAACCCAAACAUCAAAGGAACUUGUGGCUGUGGAGAAAGUUUUAAUAUUUGAAACAUUAGGACUCUUCUGGCUGUAAACUCCAGGAAACCUUGAAAGUUGCUGAAGAAAUCAUGUGACUGUCCUGUGUCCGGUCUAUGAUGUGUGGCUGCAUUAUUGGGGAAAUAAAGUGAUGCAUUUUCAAAAUGAAGCUGACUGGCUAGAAUCCAGAAGAUAUGAUAUUUAUACCCUCUGUAGUGGACAGAAUUAAGAAACCAGUGCUUGCUGAAUUGUUUUUCUGUUCUGUAUAGUAAAAUAUCCUGCCCUGCCUCAACUCUCUUAAAUCCUUUGUUUGAAACUAGUUUCAUUAAAGUUGAUUUUGCUAAAUAUUUUGA